AUGAAUCAGGGAUGCUUCGUUACUGGAUCUGGAAUACCACUUUUCGAUGAUCUUCUUGGUGGUGGUUUACUUUUAGGUGGAAGCACUCUGUUCAUUGAGGAUUAUCAUCGAACAUAUAUUAGAUACUUUAUCAGACUUUACGCUGCUCAAGGAUUGCUUUAUUAUCACAACAUUUGUAUGAUAUCCCCCACUGAUAGUAUCGGUUCUUUCCUUUUGGUAGGCUUUUCUUGUUAUUUUGACUGCAAAAUUUCACAGGGUUUACCAGGUGUUUAUACAUUAAGUGCUGAAAUGGAUUCAAUUGAAGACAAAAUGACAAUCGCAUGGCGUUAUCAAGAUCUUCCUUCCUCCCGUAUUUUAACUGGAAAUAAGCAUUCCCUCUCUAAUGAUUUCGACAUGUCUAAGAGUUUGGAUGUUGAUUCUUUGGUCAAGACUUCUAAAUCACCCCCUUCAGAAUUGAAAAUCGAUCCCUUUUCCUCACUGGAAAGCAAUCUCCACAAAGUCCUAAGCCAUAUUGAAACAAUCUCGAAGAAUGAGAAUAAUAAUGUUACGCGAAUAUUCAUUGAUUCGAUUGCUUCGCCAUUGUGGGGUUCUCAUCCAGUGAAUUUGCAGCAAUGUUUGGCUGCGUUUAUGGCACGAUUGAGACUACUUCUUCGGCAGUCUUUCAUGCUUGUCUACAUCACGGUUUCCAAGGCGGCACUCGAGGAAUCUGGUUUAAAUUCCAGAUGGUUGAGCUAUGCCGAUCACGUAUUUGAAGUGGUGGGCUUUGAUGGUUUGGAAGGCGUUAACAAUAUGGCCGCCAAUCCCCUUUAUGAUGAAUAUCACGGUCUACUCAAGGUCCUCAAGAUCCCCUCCGUCAGUGGACUUAACCUUGCCCCCAUCUCUCGUCCACUCACUUAUGAUUGGGCUUUCAAGGUCAAACGAAGGCAGUUUGUCCUUCAGCUCCAUUCUAAGAUCUAA